CCACGUUGCACCGAUAAGGAUUCGACUGGGGGUGGGAACGAUCCGGUGGGCUUCAUUGUAACGCGAAAUAAAUAUAAAAGAGCUUCGGAGAUCGGCAAUUGAUCGCCCGCCGCGGUUUCCCGUGCUCCAAUCAAUCGCUCCGCCUCGCAAGGCAACUUGAUCUUCAUGAAUUCAAGAAAUACAGUGGUAUCUUCCGUUUCCUCUACAGUGGGAAACAACAUCAGCUCUGGGCUUCUUCUUUGCUCACUGCCAGGAUUUCUGGGAUUUCCUAUUAUUUAUGUGGAUUUCCAGUUAUUGAAGGCCAUUGUUAGGACUCCUUCUUCAUCAGUUGUCUUGGAGACCUGUGGAGUUUGCCUGAUUUAGUGGAAGGGAAACCAAAAUCAACUACAGCAGUUUUGAAAUCAGUCUAGCAAUUUAAAAAAUGGUCUCCUCUGAGGUAGGUUGUGUCGCCAAGGUCAAUGUUCACAAGAACUUAAAGAUGCAGAUACUUCUUCCAGCAGUCUCUCCUGAUGUUGUGGCCUCCGAAAACUUGGAAUUUGAUUUUUCUGAUGUGUUCGGUCCUGUCCCAGUUCAUGCCUCUGUUAACUUACAUGUUGUCAUCCCUGAUAAUACUGCAUCAGUUUCAAGUGAGACAGUUUAUGAUGACCCAAUGGUUAUUCACAAACGAUCACAUUCAUUAGUGGGCCCUUCAACUCCAGUUAGCCAAUCAUUGCAGCUUAGCAAGCUCACAAUACACGAGAGUGAUAGCUCCUUGGAUCUUUUGGAGUGUGCAACUGGGGAGGCUGAUGACCAGGAUUCAUCAAUCUGCAUCAGAGACAAGCACGAACCCAUAUCUGAGAAAUGCGAGGGCAUUGGACUUGAUGAUUUUGAGGUUUUGAAGCUUGUCGGGAAAGGGGCAUUUGGGAAAGUGUUUCAGGUGAGAAAGAAAGGCACUUUUGAAAUCUAUGCAAUGAAAGUAAUGCGGAAGGACAGAAUUGUGGAAAACAAUCAUGCUGAGUACAUGAAAGCCGAGAGAGAUAUACUAACAAAAGUUGAUCAUCCUUUUGUAGUACAACUUAGGUAUUCAUUCCAGACAAAGUACCGGUUAUACCUUGUGCUAGAUUUUGUAAAUGGAGGGCAUCUAUUCUUUCAGCUCUAUAAUCACGGCUUGUUCAGAGAGGAUCUUGCUCGCAUAUAUGCUGCUGAAAUAAUAUCUGCUGUUACCCAUCUUCAUGCAAAUGGUGUAAUGCACAGGGACCUCAAACCUGAGAACAUCCUUUUGGAUGCGGAUGGCCAUGCCAUGAUAACUGACUUUGGUUUGGCAAAAGAGUUUGAUGAAAAUACUCGAUCAAACUCUCUCUGUGGGACACUGGAGUAUAUGGCACCUGAGAUUGUGCUUGGAAAAGGCCAUAAUAAAGCUGCUGACUGGUGGAGUGUUGGGAUUUUAUUGUUUGAGAUGCUUACUGGGAAGCCGCCCUUUAUCAGUAACAACAGAGAGAAAAUGCAGCAGAAGAUAAUGAAGGAGAAAAUUAAGCUGCCAGCUUACUUGUCCAGUGAAGCUCAUUCCUUGCUCAAAGGGUUGCUCCAGAAGGAAGCAGGCAAGCGGCUCGGAAGUGGCCCUAGUGGCAGCAAUGAGAUAAAGAACCACAAGUGGUUUAAGUCAAUUAAUUGGAGGAAGCUGGAGCGUCGUGAGAUCCAGCCUAGCUUCCGCCCUAAUGUUGCCGGAAAGGCUUGCAUUGCAAAUUUUGACAAGGAGUGGACAAACAUGCCGGUGUUAGAUUCGCCAGUUGCCAGCCCAGUGACCGGACAGAAUGAAUUUCCAGGGUUCACGUACGUGAGGCCUGCUCCUUUCCUUCAGAAGCCUAGUCCUCUGAGCUGAAACACUAGUAUCGAGCUGGAAUGCUUGGGUAUUGCAGUUUGUAUUACAACAUCUGGUUUGUUUUAUUUUCGUUAUCAGCCUUUUCUUCUGUGUUUAUGUUUGUCUCUGUCCGGUUUUGAUUUGCUUGAAAAUUGUCUGUAAAGUUGCUCUAAAAACUGUUGUGAGCUGUCUUUACUCUAGCGUCUUUAAACUGUCAUGGCUGCAUACACUGCAAGAUGUCACGUUUUCCUCUUUAAAACUAAUUUCAUCGAA